CUCUCUCUCUCUCUCUCUCUCUCUCUGUCUCUCUCUCUCUCUCUCUCUCUCUCUCUCUCUCUCUCUCUCUCUCUCUCUCUCUGUCUCUCUCUCUCUGUCUCUCUCUCUCUCUCUCUCUCUCUCUGUCUCUCUCUCUCUGUCUCUCUCUCAGCAGCACGAUGAAGAACCAAAGCCGUGUUUUUCUGCUCUGGGUGUGUGCAGGUCUGACCUUCUGUUGGCACGACCUUGACAACAGUGAGUACGACUGUUGGCCUCUAGAGAAACCAAACGAGUACAACAUGAUGGACUGUGGAGGUCUGGAGAUGUCCUGGGUGGAGCGUCCUCCGGAGACGGUGAAGAGCGGCGAGUUCUUCAGCGUCACGUACUCGGUGACGGCCACGGACUCUUUCUACUUCUGGGCCGUAGAGAACCACAUCUUCCCCGACAGCUCCAUCUCCACUGCUGAGGCCGCUCGGAGCUUCUGUGAACAUCUGGACUGUCCGUCCAACUGGAGAGACGCUGAUGGAGAAAACUGCUGCAUCCACCACGCCAACAUCCACUCCUGUCCUCUGGGUCACAUGACGGAGAGCAUCUGCGGCCCCUGGAUCCCCGACGACGGGAAGAUCUUCACUCACACCAUCUCCACCUCGGGCCGGAUGACCCAGACCAACUGGACCGCCAAGGUGGUGCUGUUCCACGCCGGCCUGACCUCGCUCAUCGCCCACAUCCGGGUGGGCCGCAUGCAGGUGGCGCUGGAGGCCAAGAGCACGGUGCAGCCGGCUGUGGUGUGUGGCGACGGCGUCUGCGAGGAGGCGGAGCUUUGCUCAACUUGCCCGGCGGACUGCGGCGAAUGCCCCAUGACCCUGUCCACCAAGAUGGCCGUCGGCCUGCCGCUGGGUCUGCUCUGCCUCUGCUUUGUGCUGACGGUCGUGUGGCUCCGGUACCAGAAACAGAAGCUUCUGUGGGACGAGAGCUGGAUCAUCGACUUCUCAAAGAUCAAGCAAGAUCAGGAGGCCCGGAUGACCAUGGGCAGCAUCAUGAGUGUACCGGUGGGGAACAGCAACAGCAACAGCAGCUGUGUGACGGCGCUGAGCUACACGGGACAACCAGGGGCACGGAGAACGCUCUUCACCUGCACCGGGAUCUAUGACGGCAGGACGGUGGCCAUCAAGAGGAUCCAAACCAAAUCGUUCUACCUGUCCAAGGCCAUCCGACAGGAAGUUCAACAAGUCAGGGAGCUCGAUCACCCCAACCUCUGCAAGUUUGUGGGCGGUUGCGUGGAGGUGCCGGACGUUGCCAUAGUGACGGAGUACUGCCCAAAGGGAAGCCUCAACGACGUCCUCCUCAACGAGGAUGUCCCGCUCAACUGGGGCUUCAGGUUCUCGUUCGCCACAGACAUCGCCAGAGGGAUGUCGUACCUGCACCAGCACCGGAUCUGUCAUGGCCGACUCAAGUCUCUGAACUGUGUGCUGGACGACCGCUGGGUCUGCAAGAUCACAGAUUACGGGCUGAGGACGUUCCGUAGAGACGACGGGUCGGAGCCUCUCUCCCCCUAUCAGCAGAGCCUUCUUGAGGUGUACACGCCGCCCGAAUUCAGCAGGUCCAACGUGGAGCCCACGCUAGCAGCAGACGUGUUCAGUUACUCCAUCAUCCUGCUGGAGAUCGCCACCCGCAGCGACCCGGUUCCAGUGGAGGAGGCCGCUGUGGAGAGCUCCUGGUGUCCUCCUCUGCCAGAGCUCAUCUCCAGCAGAGCUGAAGCUUGUCCAUGUCCCUCCGACUACGUCGAGCUGAUCCGCCGGUGUCGUGCUCACAACCCCGUCCAGCGACCCACCUUUGAGCAAAUCAAGAAGUUUGUCCAGCGGAUCAACCCGGUGAAAGUCAGCCCGGUGGACAUGAUGAUGACCCUGAUGGAGAAGUACAGCAAACAUCUGGAGGUGCUGGUGGCCGAGCGGACGCAGGAUCUAACCCACGAGAAGCAGAAGACCGACCGGCUGCUCUACAGUAUGCUCCCUAAGCAGGUAGCGGACGACCUGCGACAGGGCAAACCGAUGCAGGCUCAGAGCUACGUCAGCGCUACCAUCUUCUUCAGUGACAUCGUGGGCUUCACACAGCUCUCCAGCAGCAGCACUCCUUACCAGGUCGUGGACUUCCUCAACAAGCUCUACACCACCUUCGAUGACAUCAUCGACAACUACGACGUCUACAAGGUGGAGACCAUCGGAGACGCCUACAUGGUGGUGUCCGGGGUUCCUCGGGAGAACGGGAUCCUUCACGCCUCAGAGAUCUCCAGCAUGGCUCUGGACCUGGUGGGGGUCUGCCGCACCUUCAGGAUCCCCCACAAGCCCUCCACCCAGCUGCAGAUACGGGCCGGCAUCCACUCAGGUCCGGUGGUGGCCGGCGUCGUGGGGACCAAGAUGCCUCGGUACUGUUUGUUUGGAGAUACAGUGAACACAGCUUCGAGGAUGGAGUCCUCCAGUCUGGCCCUGAAGAUUCAGUGCAGCUCCAGCACCUUCUACCUGCUGGAGGAGAUCGGCGGAUACCUGCUGGACUGCAGAGGCGUGAUGCAGGUCAAGGGAAAGGGGGACAUGAAGACCUACUGGCUGGAGGGGAAGAAGACGUCUCUGGUCUCCAAGGGCUGCGACGCCAUGACGACCAAACGCGUUUCCACGGAGACUGUGAAAGAGCGAGGGACACACCUGUCCAUGCCGGGUCUGAUGGACAACGACCUCCUCCACGCCGCCUAGGCAGUGCUAGUGUGCUACACGCUACAUGCUAAGAGCGUCAUGCUACAUGCUACACAUGUUUAAACACGCUAAUAAAUAUAUUGGUAGGAAUGUUGAGUCAAAGCUAACAGAGUGUAUUCAACCUUAAAUUGUUUUAUGUAGUAGGAGUAUUUAGUAAAUCAAUAAAACAUUUAAUAUUAAAUGUGUCACGUGACAGAAUCAAACUCAGUAGUUUCUCUGCUAUGAAGCGGCUCUAAACUCACAUGUUAAUUAAUUAUAACCUAUACUUUUAUGGAAAUA